GGGUGUCCUGAGGCUCGAGGGGACGGGGUUUCUUUUGUAGGGAUUGGAGGCUCGCGCAGAGUGACGUGUGUCGCUCUCUGGGGUCAGCAUCUCGCUGCGGGACAUAUGAGGGGUUCGAGGGUCUUGCCGAGGGUACUGGAAUCCCCUGAACAUUCUGGGGAUCCUAGGCUCCUGGGAUCCCCUGAGAGUACUGGGGACCUGAGCUUGUUCACGGCCCCGAAAGGGAGAUCUGGGGUCCCUCUGGGACACAGCCUAGGGAUGGGGUCCUGUGGGAGUGUGGGUGCUGCGCCGGCGAGUCCCUGUGGGUACUGGUAUGUGCAGAAGGGCAGGGGGGGCCCUGAAAGGAAGGGGCCAGGCCCACGGGAUCUGGGUGGCUUCAGGGCGGCAAGGGUCCCAGUUUGGAGACAGCACAGUUGGAACACUCAGGUCUCACGCGGCUCUGGGUCCACAAUUUGAGUUUGUUGCUAAAAUUUAUCCCGUCCCUGUGUGCCAGGCUGGUGUCUAGCGAGGAUGGGGACCCCCCAGCCCCUAGGGGUUUGCACUGGACAAGGGGAAACAGUCUGGAGGGGCCCAGUGGGAGACCUGACUCUGCCCGAGGCGAGGGGGGAGGGAUGUCCUUAGGAGGAGUGUUGGCGGUGGGCCUGAAGUGAAAGCACUGAAGAAGCGGGUGCUUGAAAGUGGGAGUCGUUCUGGGCUGGGUGGAGAUGCUACAGGCGGUGAAGGACGUGGCUCUCGGGACAGGAAUGGAGGAAAGAUCCAGGGAAACGCCCUGAACAGGGAAGGGAGUGGCAGGCUCCAGAUCUUUGGUGAUGUGCAGAGUGUGGACCCCAAGAUGCUGCUGGUGGUGGGGUGUGAGAAACAUCCCUGGACAGACCUGGGGGGUCCUUAGGUGGAGGACUCAUGCCUUGCUUCUGUCCUUCUUAGCCUCCCUCUGGUCCUUUCUUCCUGUCCUGGGUACUGGGACCACAGUUCCAACUAUGCGCCCCCUCCCUGGGAGGCGUGGGGUGGGGGGCGGUGCGCCAGGCAUUGGAGUGGAGUGAUCUGGAGCUGGGCCUGCCAGGCCUUGCGAGCUGUGGAGCGGAACUGCACGUUGGCCGUGAGACUGAGCAGCUGUGGGACGCCCUGGAGGAGCCACAUGCUGUGUUCCUGGGAGUGAGGGGCUGUCCUCGGAGUGCAGCUGGUGGUGACCCUGCUCACUGCCACUCUCAUGCACAGGCUGGCCCCACACUGCUCCUUUGCACGCUGGCUGCUCUGCAAUGGCAGUCUCUUCAGAUACAAGCACCCUUCAGAGGAAGAGCUCCGGGCCCUGGCAGGCAAGCAGAGGCCCAGAGGCAGGAGGGAGCGGUGGGCCAAUGGCUAUAGUGAAGAGAAGACUUUGUAUGUCCCCCGAGAUGCCCCUUUCCAGCUGGAGACCUGCCCCCUCACAGCCGUGGAUGCCCUCGUCCUGCGCUUCUUCCUGGAAUACCAGUGGUUCGUGGACUUUGCCGUGUACUCAGGUGGCGUGUACCUCUUCACAGAGGCCUACUACUAUGUUUUGGGCUCAGCCAGGGAGACCAAUAUUGCUGUGUUUUGGUGUCUACUUACCAUCGCCUUCUCUCUCAAGGUGUUCCUGACAGUGACUCGGCUGUACUUUGGCGCUGAGCAGGGAGGAGAGCGCUCUGUCUGCCUCACCUUUGCCUUCCUCUUCCUGCUCCUGGCCAUGCUGGUGCAGGUGGUGCCGGAGGAGACCCUCGAGCUAGGCCUGGAGCCAGGCCUGGCCAGUGUGACCCAGAACUUGGAGCCACUUCUGAAGUCGCAGGGCUGGGACUGGGUGCUUCCCCUGGUCAAGCUGGCCAUCCGUGUGGGGCUGGCUAUCCUAGGCUCCAUGCUGGGCGCCUUCCUCACCUUCCCAGGCCUGCGGCUGGCCCAGACCCACCGAGAUGCACUGACCAUGUCGGAAGACAGGCCCGUGCUGCAGUUUCUCCUGCAUACCAGCUUCCUGUCACCCCUGUUCAUCCUGUGGCUCUGGACCAAGCCCAUUGCACGGAACUUCCUGCACCAGGCACCCAUUGGGGGCACACCCGUCUCCCUGCUGUCGGACUCGGCCUUUGACUCACUACGCCUCUGGGUGUUGGUGGCACUGUGCCUGCUGCGGCUGGCAGUGACCCGGCCCCACCUUCAGGCCUACCUGUGCCUGGCCAAGGGCCGCGUGGAGCAGCUGCGGCGGGAGGCCGGCUGUAUCGAGGCCUGCGAGAUCCAGCGGCGGGUGGUACGGGUCUACUGCUACCUGACGGUGGUGAGCCUGCAGUACCUGACACCGGUCAUCCUCACACUCAAUUGCACGCUUCUGCUCAAGACACUGGGUGGCUACUCUUGGGGCCUGGGCCCAGCCCUCCCCCUAUCCCCAGUGCUGGCAGCAGCUCGAGAUGGCCCAGUGGGCCCCAAGGAGGACGAGGCCCAGCAGGUGGUGGCCCAGAUCACUGGGGCGCUGGGUGGCCUGCUCACGCCCCUCUUCCUCCGUGGCACCCUGGCCUUCCUCGUCUGGUGGACUGCUGCCUGCCAGCUGCUGUCCAGCCUCUUUGGCCUCUACUUCCACCAGCACAUGGUAGGCUCCUAGCCACCUGAAGACACUCCUAGGGCCCCAGGGUCACCCCCUGUGUGCGCACCUCAGUGUACCCAGGUGCAAGUGGGCCUGGGAGUUCCCACCGUGCUCACCUCCUCACUGCAGUGCCUAAGCAGGACCCCCUGGACUCCGAGCUUCUGUCUUGAAACUAUAUCCUAACCCGGUGGCAGAGGGCCCCUCAGCCAUCGUUCCUGGAUUGCAUGUGGACAUUCAGGUUUGAUAGCAAGCAAGAGAGACAUUCCUCUGAAUAACUCUGGGGCGGCAUUUUACAAACAGGGAAGCCGAAGGGCCCAUGGUGCUGGGCUGGGCCACAGUGGCUACUGCCCUCUGCCACAGGUGCAUGGGACUGCUUUCCUGUAACGAUCACUCACAGGCCAGUGAGCACAUUGUUGAGGUCGUGGUGACCCAGGGGAUGGAGGAUGAGGGGCCUUCUCUGACUCCAGCAUUUUUCUGUCACCGUGGCUGCAAUGGGAGCCUGGGUGUGUGUGUGUGUGUGUGUGUGUGUGUGUGUGUGUGUAACAACAUACGUGUGUAUAACAACGUAUGUGCGGCUGAAAACCCAAAAUUCAACAGUACAUUUUAAUUAUUUUAAUUGGUUUUAUUCAAUGACUCAUGAAUCAGGCAGCAUCUUAUGCUUUUGGUAUGUGGAUAAAUAUGAAAAGUGUAUUAAAAAAAGGGAUAAAACUUGGGCUGAGGCCAACUAAACACAUCAUCCGAUUCUGAUCCUUCUCAAAUGCCUAACUACAGAGGCUGCAGUGUGUACUGAAAGGUGGAAUUAAGGGAGGAACCACAACUGACUGCCAAACCCUAAGGCCAGGAAACAGCCCCAUUUACCUGUAGAACGUUCCAGAGGCACUGAACGCACCAGGUCCUUAUAGGUGAGGCUGAGGGAGGGAGGAGACAGAGAGGCUGCUGGUGUGAGAGCUGUUUGGAAAGUUCUCAGGUGCAUGUGUCCCUCCCACAACACCGCUGCACAGCCAGGACGGAAGCCAGGCUGGUAGGAAGCGUGGUGGCAAACGGGGUUAGGCGGCUACACAUACGAAUGCUAAAUGGAGAGCGCCACGGCCCCUUGCCCUGCCUGUGGAAUUUGGAACCUUCCAGGCAUGAAACUGAAGAACUCUGGGGAAUCCAGCUGGUCCGAGAAGGAUCUAAUGACAGGGGCAGCACGGAGUUUCCAUCAGCCACCAGGUCAGCUGUGAGUCCAUGUGUCCCCACACUUGUUUGGUCUUCCACCCUGCUUGUCUCGGCCAUGUUCCUCACUGUGAGCAGACAACCAGGAGGACCCAGGGAUCUGAGGAAGUGUCUGGUGUGGGAAACAGACCCAAACAGAAAAAAAAACAACUUUGGGAAAUGGACUCUACAGGGAGGGGAGAACUUAAAAAACAGUCUAGAAUGUUCUCGGAGAAAAGAGAUUGUACUCGUGAAACAAGAAUGCUACCAUAGCCCUGGCUGGUGUGGCUCAGUGGAUUGAGUGCCGGCCCGUGAACCGAAAGGUCACCGGUUCAACAUCCUGUCAGGGCACGUGCUUGGGUUGCAGGCCAGGUCUCCAGUUGGGUGCGUGCAAGAAGCAACCAAUCAAUGUGUCUCUUGUACAUGUUUCCCUCCCUCCCACCCCCUCUCUUUAAAAAAUAAAAUAAAACAAACAAACAAUGCUACCAAAAAGGAACACCUGAGGAAAGUUUUGUUUUCUUUCUGAGCUCUUGGAGAUUAAAAGAAGAUGGAAGACAGCCUUGGCUGGUGUAGCU